UCAAAUUUUAUGUUAACUUUUAUACAUGUUUUUAUUAUUUACUUUGUAAGAGAUCUAUUAUAAAACCAAUAUUGAAUAUUGAAUACAUUUAGAAGUCGUUAAUCAAUACUUUCUAACGUAUUAACUCAAAAGUACAUGUUAUAACAAUUAUAAUAAUUUAAAAAUACUUAUCCAUGACAUUCUUUUUCAAUAAAUUACUUCGUGAAAAUUUCCAAUACACGGAGUUAUCGUACGCAACAGUGGUAGUGAAAAUCGUCAAUCGUACACCAACGCAUCCUCACACUCACAUCAGUGUAUCGCCAUGACGUUCCUGUGCGACGGGACCAACACUUGACUCCCUUGCAAGACCAAGUCACAUUAUACGUCUGCCCUCCGACCCGACCACUCAACCGUGACCAUCCCUCGAAACAGGGAUAGUGCAUCGAUAAACGACUUCGCUAUUUUUGCAAAUUUUACAGAUACUUAUAUGUAUCAUUGGACAUAGUGAUGUGUUCGUCUAGUGACAGCAAGUUUUAUGGUUGAUAAUAUCGUAAACAAAUUUUUAAGAUGCAAGUUUAGAAGUCUCAGUACGAUCUCAUGAUUAGAUUUGAUAAAAUAUACCAUAAUGGUGUAACGAAUUUCCAAGCUCUGCAAAGUAAAAGUAGAACUUUAAUUGUUAAGCUUCAUUAGAAGUUUAGAAGGAUGAGACUGACUUAAAAAAAAUACAAUGUGCUGAUAAUUUUUUUGAAAUAGUGACAUUUAACGCAUCAUAAGUGAUUCAUUUGAAAAUAGGAAAAUGCUUUAGAAUGUUGUCCUCUUCGGUGUCGACUCCAUUCAGCGUUCGUGACAUUCUCAACGAAGAUCAACAACUUGGCGUUAUGGAUUGUUACGGGCAUCAUCAAAAUCAAACUCAACAACAUGUGCAUCAAGAAUAUUAUUCGUAUAACGUUGUCCCUGAAAAUAAUUGGGAAAUGGAUAAGUUUAAGGAUCAACCAAUGCCUAGUUAUCCACAUUAUUCGGAUCUCAAUCAUGUUCACCAGUUGAGUCAGGUGGUACCACCGUAUCAAGAGACUUCUAUCACUGAAGACGGUAAUAUUGUAACGUCCAGUAAGACAGAACUGCGCAAAAGUCAAUCUGGUAAGAGAACAAAGCGGAAGCCAAGAGUACUGUUUUCACAAACACAAGUUUAUGAAUUGGAGCAGCGAUUCAAGCAGCAAAGAUAUCUGAGUGCACCUGAAAGAGAAAUGUUGGCUCAGACAUUGAAGCUAACUAGCACUCAAGUGAAGAUUUGGUUCCAGAAUCGACGAUACAAAAACAAACGCGCCCGGAUCGAGGACGCCGAGAAGUUACAAGCACAAAACAUGAAGAAUCAACCUUUGAAAAAGAUCGCUGUGCCGAUUCUUAUUAAGGAUGGUAAACCCAACGUACAAGAAUCUUACAAUGCACCUUAUUGGUCAAAUAUCAGAUCAGAUUUGAGCACUUCGAUACAGACAGAUUUUAGGACAAACGAAAUUCGUCUCAGUCCUGACUUUAGAUCCAACUCGACCGAGGUGAGGAUUGACUCCAACAUUAGCCCGGAAUAUAAGCCGGAAGUAAACUCAGAUAUGCCCGGAAGAUCAAGCCUGAACGAUAUGCCGGACAGGCAGCAUGUUCCAGAAUACAGGAGCAAUUUUGUGACGGAAACUCCGCCGAAUGUGCACGAUUGCAAUCGAUUAAUCAAGACCGAAUUUAAGACAUGCGCGAACGUCAAUGAAACCGUAUCGUAUCCAGAUCUGAAAACCGUUCAGUCUGACAACAAACAGCUUAUGACUGAUAGGCGGAUGCCUAUGGAAAUCUCUAAUGGCGAGUAUGGGUUUUCGAAUUACAUUACUCCUACCAAUUACCAAAUGCAGUACGUGAAUUAUAUGGAGCAAGUACCUAUGGAUCAAAAUCUGCAACGACUGUGGUAGGUGUGCGCCCAAGAGAGAAUUGUCUGACGCGAAAAUUCUGAGUAAUUAAAAUCGUAUUACUGUUUCUAUCUUCGGAUCUACAGUUCUGUUGAUAAGAACAAUUUAGAUUUAGUAAUAACAAUUAAAUUGUCACUUUCAAAUAGCUAAUUAAUUAUAUGCUAUUAUAAAGAAUUUUACAUUUAUUGAUAAAUAUUUAAAUUUUAUUAUCAAUUCAAUUAUCAAUAUUAAUAAUUGAUGAGUUUAGAAUUGAGGUGAUGAUUGAUAAAGAAAGAUAAUUUAAUCUUCGAAAAUUGUUAAUUUUUAUUUUUUUAUUAUGUAUAUGGUAUUUUUUUUAGG